GCACAGCAGUCUGCAACAUCAAGUAGACAGAAGCUUUGCAGCAGCUGCUCGGCAAACAAUACCGCUAGAAAUGGCAAUGUGGCAGUGCGUCAUCAUCGGCAUUCUGGGUCUUGCGGCUUCUUCCAAUGCUCUCUCCGCCUGCAUCACACAGGCCAACAGCAACGAUUCGGUUCAACACGAUGUGUGCCCUUCAACUUCAAGCUCGUCGCUGUUGCUGAGGAGUGACCGGGGCUUCAGCGACCAGUUCUUUGAGUUCAUCGAUGUGACACUGCGUGAAAUUCUGAGGAAUGGGGCUGGGCCACUGCCACCACUGGAUCCACUCGAGAUCAGCAAUCUGAGCCUGUCACUAGGAUCGGAAAGUGAAGCCUAUCAACCGUAA